GAAUGUUGUCAAGUCCAUUUUUCUUCUUCUGAAGAUCAAUAAGGUGUUUCCAGAGUCUAACAGGAUCUCCACCACAAACCUGCAGAAUGACCUCUUUGAUGCUCUGGACCGCUGCUCACCCGGCUGGGUCACAAUCUCCAGGUCAAAAGAAGCGUUGGAGGGACAUUGGCUCAGUUGAUUGACAGGUGACCGGUUGGCCGACUCCACCAUCACACUCGCGUUGGGCCCUUGAACUCCUCUCUCACGUGACCACGCCCCUUCCUUCACAUCCAAUCCCGAACAUGGAGCCCAUCAAGGUCCAAUCAGAAGGCGGACUGAAUGUGACCCUCACCAUCAGGCUGCUGAUGCAUGGCAAGGAGGUGGGAAGCAUCAUAGGAAAGAAAGGAGAGACGGUGAAGAAGAUGCGUGAAGACAGCGGCGCCCGCAUCAACAUCUCGGAGGGGAAUUGCCCCGAGCGGAUCGUCACCAUCACCGGGCCGACGGACGCCAUCUUCAAGGCCUUCGCCAUGAUCGCCUACAAGUUUGAGGAGGAUAUAAUCAACUCUAUGAGCAACAGUCCGGCCACCAGCAAACCCCCCGUGACCCUGAGGCUCGUCGUCCCGGCCAGCCAGUGCGGCUCCCUCAUCGGCAAAGGAGGCUCCAAAAUCAAAGAGAUGAGAGAGUCCACAGGAGCUCAGGUCCAGGUUGCAGGCGACAUGCUCCCCAACUCCACCGAGAGGGCGGUGACCAUCUCGGGGGCCCCGGAGGCCAUCAUCCAGUGUGUCAAGCAGAUAUGUGUGGUGAUGCUUGAGUCCCCACCGAAAGGUGCCACCAUCCCCUACCGCCCCAAGCCUGCCUCCACCCCUGUCAUUUUUUCAGGUGGCCAGGUAAGAGCAGACCCACUGGGGGCGUCCACGGCCAACCUCAGCCUCUUACUGCAGCACCAGCCACUGCCUGCGUACACCAUCCAAGGACAGUACGCCAUCCCUCAUCCAGACCAGUUGAGCAAGCUCCACCAGUUGGCUAUGCAGCAAACCCCCUUUAACCCCCUCGGACAGACCACCCCUGCCUUCCCCGCAGCAGGUCUGGAUGCCAGUAACCAGGCCAGUACUCAUGAACUCACCAUUCCCAAUGAUCUAAUAGGCUGCAUAAUCGGACGUCAGGGAACCAAAAUCAACGAGAUCCGUCAGAUGUCUGGGGCGCAGAUCAAAAUUGCUAAUGCCAUGGAAGGGUCAUCGGAGCGCCAGAUCACCAUCACAGGGACCCCCGCCAACAUCAGCCUGGCCCAGUACCUCAUCAACGCAAGGUUCAGAGACGUGGCGGCCAUGUGGAACGACCCGACUUCCAUGACCACGUCCUGAGAUCUCCCUGACUGGCUCCUCCGAUUGGACCCUUCCAACGACCCUGACGAAGCCCUCCGGACUCUGGCUCUCCGCAAAACAAAACCCGACGCCUCCCUGCCCCGGUUCAAAGUUAGUUAAUGUGUCGGGCGCUCCUUUUUAUUCCAGAGAGCCAAAUGAAAUACAAAAAAAAAAGGAAUUCUCUGUUGAUUAGUUUUUUUCUCAGUUUUUGAAGCAUGUUGAAUAUUUACUAGGAACAACUUGUGUUUUCUUCUUCUCUCUUGCUCUCUCUGCGUCACAUAGAACAUCAGUAAACCUGUUAACUCGUAAAGGAUUAAAGAAUCCUCGUAGCUCGUCGUCGUGGGUGGUGCUAUCGGCGGAGCGUGGUGGGGGCGGAGCCAAAGUGUCCGACUGUGAUCAGAUAUUUAGAAAAGAAGAACAAAGUUCCGUCCUGAUUUGCAUCGUCGUCCUCUCACGAAUCCGAUCUCUACCCGCGACUCUUUGCUGCGUCACGUGACCCUUUUUAAGCCAAUGGUAUCGCUCCUAGAGCCUCCCUUCCCCAUAUUUACAUUAUCGCUUAUAUUGCAUGUUCGAUGUCGUGCGUUUCCGUAACCCCGUUCGCUGUGUGUGUGAAUUCAAGAUGUCGUGUCUAACCC